AUGAUUGGGUGGCAGAGGGGCGGAGGCAUGGGGUGGCAGAGGGGCGAAAACAUUGGGUGGCAGAGGGGCGAAAGCAUUGGGUGGCAGAGGGGCGAAAGCAUUGGGUGGCAGAGGGGCGAAGGCAUUGGGUGGCAGAGGGGCGAAGGCAUUGGGUGGCAGAGGGGCGAAGGCAUUGGGUGGGAGAGGGGCGAAGGCAUUGGGUGGCGGCGGCAGGUAGAGGGGCCCAGGUAUGGGGUGGCAGAGGGGCGAAGGCUUGGAUUAGCGGAGGGGCACAGGCAUGGGGCACAGGCAUGGGGCACAGGCAUGGGGCACAGGCAUGGGGCACAGGCAUGGGGCACAGGCAUGGGGCACAGGCAUGGGGCGCAGGCAUGGGACGGGGCGCAGGCAUGGGACGGGGCGCAGGCGUGGGAUGGGGCGCAGGCAUGGGACGGGGCGCAGGCGUGGGACGGGGCGCAGGCGUGGGACGGGGCGCAGGCGUGGGACGGGGCGCAGGCGUGGGACGGGGCGCAGGUAUGGGACGGGGCGCAGGUAUGGGACGGGGCGCAGGUAUGGGACGGGGCGCAGCUCCCUUUCAUGCCCAUAUCCCCCUUGCCCCCCCUUCCCUUCCGCCUCUCCCUCCCUCCCUCUCCUCCUCUCUCUCCCCCUUGGCCCACCCAACCCCCCCUCCCCUCACCCCCCCGCAACCCGCGGCCGCCCCGCAUGACCUGGCAGGUGGUGAUUGACACGUCAGCAGGGCACUGUGGCACGGCGUUUGACGUGGCGGUGGUGUCGCCGCUGUUUGAGGGCAAGAGGCUGCUGGAGCGGCACCGCAUGGUGAACAGUGCUCUCAGCGACGAGCUGCCGCACAUCCAUGCGCUGAGCAUCAAGAAGGCGUGGACUCCCGAGCAGAUGCAUGCUCAGCAGAGCAAAUAG